AUGAUGAAGGUCCUUGCUCUCCUCUCUGCAGCCCUGCUGCUACUGCUGCUUCCUGGGACUCUAACUCAAACAAGUGAACCGAUUCCCAUUGAGGUGGUGGUGGUGGUGGAGAACAACAAACCUGUGACCUUCAGCACCCAUGUGGCGUACAGAGGGAUACUGCUGGGUGCUCUGAACACACUCAUGACCUCCAAUGCAAACUUUAAGUUCACCUACUCAGAGGAUAAAAACUACGGUCCGUACCUGGAGAGCGUGAACGGAGUGGCUGGGAAUCAUAAUGACCACACAUACUGGGAGCUGCUGGUCAAGACUGCAGACGGCGAAAUCAAAAGACCUGACGUCGGUAUUGGAUGUUACAUUCCCAGUGCAAAUGAGCAAAUCAUCCUGAAAUUCACAAAGUGGUGA